UCCGCAGCUCACUCAGUGACUCAGUGUGAGUCGCGCGCGCGCACGCACGCACGCACGGCGGACACGCGGUUCGGACAUGGUCGGAAUCCCGGGCGCCUUAUACUACAGCGGCGAGAAGAAGAGCUCUGCCAUGCCUGGUUCUCCUGUAGAGGUCCAGGUCCACUCCAGGCUGGCAUCGUCUUCCAUGUCCCCGCUGCCCCCCAUCAACCCGUGUGGACCGCAGCCAGCCUCCUUCUCCUCUGCAACGUUGGCCAAUGGCUUGAACCACUCCCCUCCCACCUUGAGCGGCGUGCCCUCGCCUCCUCAGCGGUACAGCAACGGCCCGUCUUCCUUCUCCUCUUCAUCACUAGGCAACCAGCCGCUCCCGGCAACCUGCGGCGCUCGACAGCUGAGCAAACUGAAGCGCUUCCUGACCACGCUGCAGCAGUUUGGGAGUGACAUCUCGGCCGAGAUCGGGGAGAGCGUGCGCAGCCUGGUGCUGGCCCUCGUGAACUCCACGGUGACCAUCGAGGAGUUCCACUCGAGGCUUCAAGAAGCCACCAACUUUCCCCUGCGUCCCUUCGUCAUUCCCUUCCUGAAGGCCAACCUGCCCCUCCUGCAGAAGGAGCUGCUGCACUGUGCCAGAGCUGCCAAGCAGACUCCUGCCCAGUACCUGUCCCAGCACGAGCAGCUUCUGCUCGGCUCCAAGCUGGUGCCGUCGCUGGACUCGUCCGAGGUGCUGCUGGACUCCAGCGAGAGCGCCAAGAGGCACAGUCCGGACAGGGCCAAGGAGGGCGACUUUCACAAGCGCCCGGUGGGACACCUGGAGCCCCCGGCCAAGCGUGUGUGCACCAUCAGCCCUGCCCCCCGACACAGCCCUGCCCUGGCCCUGCCCCUGCCCACCGGCACCCCGCUACACCCGGCACCCCCACCUCUGCAGCAGCACGUUCUGGAGGAUGUGGCCGUGCCUCACCUGCGGAGGGAGCGGAAGGAGAGGCCGCAGCCCCCAGGCUCCAAUGGGGGCUGCGCCGAAGAACCGGUGGACCACAGGCUGACAGACAGGGAGUGGGCCGAGGAGUGGCGACACCUCGAUUAUCAGGUGCUCAAUUCCAUUGUGGACAUGGUGGAGAAGACCCGGCGCUCUGUCAGCGUGCUGCGCCGCUGCCAGGAGCUCGAUCGGCAGGAGUUGCAUUACUGGAGGAGACGCUCCAGCGAGCAGGAGGAGGCCAGGAAGAGCAAGUCCCAGAGCCCCCGUGGUGGGGAGGCCGGCAUUUCCGAGGCCCAAAAAGAGUGUGCACCUUGGCCGGGCUCUGGGUGCGUGCCUGAUGAGAUCUGGAGAAAAGCUGAGGAAGCCGUGAACGAGGUGAAGCGACAGGCCAUGGAUGAGGUCCAGAAGGCCGUGGCUGAGGCUGAGCAGAGGGCUUUUGAGAUGAUUGCUGCUGAGAGGGCCAAGAUGGAGAAGACCCUGGCAGAGGCGAAGUGCCAGGCUGCUAAGGAUGCCAUCCAGGUCAUCAGCGAGCAGGAGGACUCCUCUGAGAGUUGCUGGAACUGUGGGCGCAAGGCCAGCGAGACGUGCAGCGGCUGCAAUGCCGCUCGCUACUGCGGCUCCUUCUGCCAGCACAAGGACUGGGAGAAACACCACCUCAUCUGCAGCCCUGGCCUCCAGGCCCAGCCCAAGUCCCUCUCAGUCACCAGUGGUGGUGCAGCUGUGACCAAGACCCAGGAUGUCGCCGGUGCCCCGAACCUCAGCGCAGAGAGCGUAAAAGCCCCCGCUCAAGUGUCCGCACCUGGGGACGUGAACGGUCACUGAGAUCCACAAGCUUCACACUAACGCUCAGCGAAGUGAGCAGUUGUGACCCGGACACAGAAUUUUGGGAGCUGUAGCUCCAACAUUAAGACCGUUCCUCAGCUGGACCCAGUGGGCAGACCUUGCAGUGGGAGGGGCUGGAAAACUGAAUGGUGCUUGAAGAGUUGCUGUUUGUUACAGCUGAUCUUCAGUAAACCCUCCUCGCUGCGUAGAUGUGAUCAUAGAAGGAUUUGGGUCAAAAUGUAGGCCGUGAUGCUCAGUGUUUACCGCUCCGACUGUAUUAUUAGUUGCUGUGUAUACUGCUCCGAGGGGCGCAGGACAGCUCACGCUGCCCCGGUAAUUUAAACCGUCGCCUGUUUGUCAUACAGUAGGGAACAGUUCCCAAAGAGCUCCUAUUGGGGGGGUGGAACGACUGUGUCUGUGAUCAGAAGAACCCUCCACUGCUGUUAAUCCUGUUGUUUUUAUUUCCUCCAUGGAAGACGUGGGACAUAUUGCUGGCUGUUAAAGGAAAUCCAACGUACCGGUGCUUGUGUGUCAUGCGAGAGAACAAUAUCGAGCGUUGUUCCCAGUACCGCACCGUUGUCCGACCAAAGUUUUUGUCUUCAUUUUUAGAACGCCGCUCUCAUGCUGCAAAGUACAGUGCUUAUGGUAAAAAUGUGUCCGCUUCCUAAACGGUGUGAAGACGGGCACAAACGUCUCACCUGGCAGCCCAUUGGGUGUCGUCCUCCGCUUGGGGACAGAGACGUGGCUCUUUUCCUGCCCCUCCUUGCCUCUUGCUUUAGC